UAUUUACAAACAUCAAAGCCAAAAGAAAACAAAUAUCAAAAAAAGCGAAGCAACAAAAAAAAAAAAAAAGUGUUUAAAUCUGAAGAUGAGUGCAACGAGCAAGACAUGGAUGGUGGCUGCGAGCAUUGGAGUCGUUGAGGCAUUGAAGGAUCAAUUAGGCGUCUGUCGGUGGAACUACGUUCUCCGUUCUAUGAAUCAUCAUCUCCGUAACAACGUCAGACCCAUCUCUCACACCACGAGAUUCACCUCCUCCUCCUCCUCCUCUUCCGCCGCCGUUACUUCUGUCAGUAAUUCGAAACAGGCUGAGGAAUCACUCCGGACGGUCAUGUACUUGAGUUGUUGGGGUCCCAAUUGACGCGUACGGAUCGACAAGAGUUUCUUGACAUCUCUUGCAAAAUUCCAAAUCAGGUCACCGAAUUCGUCGAAGAAGAAUCUGGAGGAGUUUGCAUAAGGCUGACUCGAUUGGGUCCAUUGCCAAGAUGGUCUCACAAGGAGUUAAGCGACUCACUUUUGUUUACUGGCUGCAAUGUAUUACAGUAUAUAGUAUACUCUCUACUUGUAAAGCCUUAAACGGCUCCUUAAUCAGUCGAUUAAUCUAAUUUCAAAGAUCACAGAAUUGAUUCAUCUUGAUUCUA